AUGCCGGUGGAUCUGAGCGGCUGGGAGGACUCCCUGAGCCUCACGGAGGUGGAGGAGAAGCCGGCGCACCCCUUGCGGGUCCGCUACGGCACGCUGGAAAUCGAGGAGCUCGGGCAGGUGCUCACUCCGACGCAGGUCAAGAACCGGCCAACUCUGGUUGAGUGGGAAGGCUGCAACCCUGAUAAAUUCUAUACCUUAGUUCUGACGGAUCCGGAUGCCCCCAGCAGGAAAACCCCCAAAUUCAGGGAGUGGCAUCAUUUCUUGGUGAGCAACAUGAGAGGCAGCGACAUCGGCAGUGGGACCGUUUUGUCGGACUAUGUCGGAUCUGGUCCUCCGAAAGGAACAGGGCUCCAUCGCUAUGUCUGGCUGGUGUACGAGCAGCCGCAGCAGCUGAAUUGCAACGAGCCCAUCCUGACCAACCGCUCGGGGGACAAGCGUGGCAACUUCAAAGUGUUGGCCUUCCGCAAGAAGUAUAAGCUGGGG